CUGUUGGAAAAUAUCACGUGACUACGUAGCAGUCAGCUGACCCGAUGAUGUUUCUAGUGGCGUGUAAUUUUUUUAGACCAUAAUCAGAUAUUUAGCAAACGAAUCAUACGCUCAAGCUUUUAAAACUGCAACGUUGAUUACUGCCCGGUGUAAACGACUUGAAGGCUGCAUUCCCCAAUGGUCUGAUCAAACGAAGAAGAAGCAACUCACUAGAAAUCGUGAUGUCUUCCACCUCCUCUGUGGUUCUAAACACCGGGGUUUCGAUGCCCCUGGUCGGCUUCGGGACCUACAAGUUGUGUGGAAGCGAGGAGGUCUACAUAGCCGUCGACGCUGCUCUGCAAGCCGGGUACCGGGCCUUCGACACGGCGGCUGUUUACCGCAACGAGGCGGACCUCGGGCGAGCUCUACGGGAUCUCCUGCCAAAGCACGGGUUGACCAGAGAGGACAUCUUCAUCACUAGCAAGCUAGGACCCAAGGACCAGGGAGAGAGGGCCAUGGAGGCCGCCCUCCACAGUGUGUCGGAGCUGGGCAUGGACUACAUCGACCUCUACCUGAUCCACUGGCCCGGGACCCAGGGUGUGGCCGUGGGCGACCCCUGUAACCAAGGUAACCGCGCUGGGAGCUGGACGGCGCUGGAGGAGCUGCACGCGCAGGGCAAGCUGCGGGCCAUCGGGGUGUCCAACUACACGCCGGCGCACAUGAAGACGCUGCUGCAGAGCUGCAGGACCCCCCCGGCCCUGCUGCAGGUCGAGUUCCAUCCCCGUCUGUGUCAGACGGAGCUGAGGCGGGCGUGUGAGGAACAGGGUGUGUGUUUCCAGGCCUACUCCUCCUUGGGGAAAGGAGAGCUGGUCAAACACCCCGUCGUUAUGGAGGUGGCAAAGGGCUGCGAGCGCACACCUGCACAGGUGUUGCUACGAUGGGCCGUGCAGCAGGGGGUCCCGGUGCUGCCCAAAUCUUCCAACCCUACCAGGAUCCAGGAGAACAUGGCGCUGUUUGACUUCUCGCUGGACGCGACCGCCAUGGAGCGACUGACGGCUCUGGACGACGGACACAAGUACUGCUGGGAUCCCUCGGAGGUGGCGUGACUCACGUCGCCACGGAGACCAAGAAGGGUCAGGUGUUACCUACGUAAACAGAUCAGAACAGACACCAGAGCUCUGCGGCCUCAGCAGAGAGAGGAAGCCAAUCAGGACCCAGUUUGAGGAAGACGGCGGAGACGGACAGGUCCGAUAGCGUGGCGUCGGAUAACAAUUACUGCAACGUGGCAUGUGGUGAUGUCACACGCAGGAGUGUCUCAGGGUCAAUGUAGAUGUAAUAUGAAUAAACAGUAUGGUGUUGUUUACGUUUCGUUACAUUGGGUCGUUUGUCUAUUUAACAUUGGUUCUUAAACUAUAAUCCUUCUUCCACGAAAGUCUACUACAAACAACUUGAAACACUCCAGAAGAGUUGUUUGGACGUAAAUAAGCGAAUGACAGUGUUAACUUAUUUACCAGUACUAUGUUCAUUUUAACUUUUAAUCUAAGUACGCCUUCAUCUAUUGACAUUUUAGAAUAUAUAACACCCACUAGCAAAAGAGGAAACUGAAAAUGAGCUUAAAACGAAUCAUAAAAUUCUUUAUUGUUUACGACAGAACUACCAGCAUCAACACUGGGGUAUAUCAAAUACAUUUACAAAAGUCAUAGAAAAGAUAAAAAAUAACCAUAAAAGAAAAAUAUUAAAGAGCCCCCUUCCCCCAAAACAAAGGCCCCGGAUUCAAGUAAUACCAAAAUUAUGGUUGCAAAGCUAGCUAGCAGGUUGUUCAGGGACCCAUGUGUGAGUGCCGUGGUGGAACGUAAUACAUCGUACAUCACUGAACAAGUUUAGUGUGUGUGUGUGUGUGAGACAGUCAGCCAUAGGAGCUUAAGGUGAUCGGGGUCAAAUGUGAAGGCGCUUGACCCGAGUGCGUUGCGCAGAGAGCACAGAAAGCUUUGGGAUUCACAGUCGUCCUUCCGGUGACCGGCGGUCAGGUAAGGAAAAGGGGCUUCUCCGUUCUGGGCUGGUCUGUUUGUACGUGGCUUACAUUGUAUCCCCUCUAGCCCUAGCUUCUCUGCAGCUGAAAGACA